AGUGGAUCUGAACCAAAGCAUAUUGAUUGCGGUUUAAUUUUCCAAACCUAGGCAGUGUGACACACACUAGUUUCAGAAAACGACUCUGCCAGCCACCGUUCGUCUUCGUCAGCGUUACUUUUCCUGCUCGUUUGAGGGAAACAAGUGAAAGUGGGGGAGGGUGAUGGCAGAUAACACACAAGGUUCAUCAUCCCAGUCCUUCUUGGAAGGCUACAAACAAUUUUGGUCAGAGAGGUUUUCCUUUUUGGGCAACUAUUCAAGGUUCAUCAACCGUGAUAAGCCUAUCCCAUCCUGGUCUAGCACUGAUGUCGAGGAGUUCAUUGCUUCUGAUCCUGUUCAUGGACCCGUGCUGAAAACUGCUAGAGAAGCAGUGCAAUUUGGUCUCGCAGGAAGUGCUUUGGGAGCUGCAUUUACUGCAGGUUUCGCCUGGAAAUAUUCAAGAAGUUUACAUGGUGCUGGACUGUCUUUUUUAGCUGGAGGUGUAUUUGGGUGGACAUUUGGGCAUGAAAUAGCAAAUCAUGCACUUCAACUUUACAGGGUGGACACAUUGGCUGCUGAGGCUAAGUUUCUGGAGUGGUGGAAAAAGAAGACUGUCGGGUAUUAAAGUUGUUGGCUUGUGGGAGUUAGUGCUACAUUUGUUGUCGUUUCUGAAAAAUAAACAAUAUUUUUCGAUGUUGUCAGUGCGAUUUAUGUUCAUUGAAUAAGUACUUUGUUGUGACAUGGGCCGAAAUUUAAACUCAUGCAUCCCGCAAAACAAAUUGCGACUUCAUGUUAAUGCCAUUUUUUUCUCCUUGUAUUGUGCUGCUCUUCAUUA